CCGCGCUGCCAGUCUCCCAGCGUCCCCAGCUUUCCAGGUAGGGACGCCCCCUCCCACGCUGCGCGGUUCGGUCGGGUGGGAAGGAGGGGCUGGGCUCCGAGCGCCCGCCCCUCCAUCUAUCACAUGGCCGGAGAGCCACAAAAACAACAGCUUCGGCCAAGACCGUGACUUCAGGACUGGGAGCCCGGGGCCCUCCCAGCCAGCCCCCACCCCAUGGAGGAGAGUUUUCUUGAAUCCUUCGGGAGGCUGAGCCUCCAGCAGCAGCAGCAGCAGCAGCCUCGGCCGCCGGCCCCGCCGCCCCCGCGUGGGACACCUCAGCGCCGCCACAGCUUUAGGAAACAUCUCUACCUCCUGCGAGGCCUCCCGGGCUCGGGGAAAACUACACUGGCCAGACAAUUGCAACACGACUUUCCCAGGGCUCUGAUUUUCAGCACGGAUGAUUUUUUCUUCAGGGAAGACGGUGCAUAUGAGUUCAAUCCUGAUUUCCUGGAGGAAGCGCAUGAAUGGAACCAGAAAAGAGCCAGAAAAGCAAUGAGGAAUGGCAUAUCCCCCAUUAUUAUUGAUAAUACCAACCUCCACGCCUGGGAAAUGAAGCCCUAUGCAGUCAUGGCACUUGAAAAUAACUAUGAAGUUAUAUUCCGAGAACCUGACACUCGCUGGAAAUUCAACGUUCAAGAGUUAGCAAGAAGGAACAUUCACGGAGUCCCAAGAGAAAAAAUACACCGAAUGAAGGAACGCUAUGAACACGAUGUUACCUUUCACAGUGUGCUUCAUGCGGAAAAGCCGAGCAGAAUGAACAGAAGCCAGGACAGGAAUAACCCAUCACCGUCCGACAGGGCAGCGUACUGGCAUGCCUGCGCGGAGUUUCCCAGCCGGAGGGCUCACGGUGGCUUCACACACGAGAGCUCCUGUAACAGAAGGGGUGGCUGUCACCAUGGAUAUUAGAGGCCUACCGUACACGCAUUCACAAGUUUCCUAAAUCAAUUUUUACCGCAACUUUUGGUAUUUAUUCUUUGUUCAGUUUUAGCCAGAGCUCUAAUUCCAGUGUAAAUAGUCGGACCUGAAAGUUUUUUGGCAGAAGUCAUUAUAUUAAUUUUCAACAAGCAUUUGUGAAAAGGGAUCCUAUAUGCAGUCUGAUGCUGGGAAUUCUGAUUUGAUUAAACAAAGUCACUUUCUCUAGGGAAAGUUAAUUGGAAACGGAAACCUGAGAACACACCCAAGUCACAUAAGUUCAAUAUAUAGAAGCUUCAGUACACUUUUUCUGAAGUAAUCUAUUUUUCCAGGAAAUUCAUCUCCACCAGGAAAGUUGGAAAGGUGGGGAAGUGGGACACAGGAAAAAUGUUAGUGCCAUUGCUGUGUUGAUAAUCUGUGUAUCCAAACAUGUGAGCUAUGUGGCCGUCAUGAUGAUAGUGAUUUUCCUUUAAAAUGCAUUUGCUAGAUAGCCUAUGUCUAAGGGAACAUCGUCCUCCAAAGUAGACACUUUGGGAAAUUAUUCCUUUAUUCUCGUGAUGUGUCAUUGUUAAAAAGGCCUGUUGGACCCUUCUUAACAGCUGUAAAAGCUACUGAGGAAAAUCAGUGUCAUUAUUUAAAGUCACAUCUUUUGUUUUAACUGCCACUUUAAUGAAUAGGAUUAAUUCUGAUUAACUUUCUUGGCUGUUGUGCUCAUAGUGUAAAUUAAAGAAGCCUGACUUUAUAAAACACCAGUUUUAAAGAGGAAAAAAUUAAGCAGUUUUUAGACAUGUGUAUAAUCAGUUGGCUUCCCAAAUGUGUGGGAGUACAAGGAAUUAAGCAUCCCAAGAUAUAAUCAUACAGGGAUAUGGAAAAGUCUUGGCAGUCUUGGCAUUUUAUGUGGUAUUCUUUAAGACAAUGCAGUUCUACCACAACUCUGGGAUGCCCCUCUUAUACCAAUACGGAACUUAUGACUCCAAGUCAAACCUCAACAGGUGAGAAUCAGAAUAAUUUGCUAUGAGACCAUGAUAGAUAAGAUCAUGUAGGAUGUAUGCUUUAUUUCUUGCUGACCAAUAGCUUCCUUCUGAUGUUCUGUGAAAUAUUAUUUUAAAUGUCCUAUAUAAUGGUGCUUUUAUGGUUAUUAAAAAUAUAUGGUAUUGCUUUAUAUGAAUUUGUCAUUGAAUCUAGACUUUGUUUCAAUGAUAUAAAAAAUUACCAAAAUCCCAUAGAAUUCUACCAUAUUAGAACCAGUUUUUCUAUAUCAUAAACUUAUUUACCAGUCUUCUUUAGUAAAUAGGAGACAAAAGCAACCUAAUAGUUUACAUGCUUAUAUAAAUUAUUUAAUCUGUACACAUUAUUUUAGCAUUUCAAUGCCUGACACUGUUGAAAACUUAUGGUUUUUUUAUUCACUUUGAGUAACCACUAUGACAUGGCUCCAGGGUUAGAUCCAGAGCUUUUAAAAAGCUCAGGAGAGUAGUUUUCCUAUUUGUCUCUUUUUUCCCUAGAUGACUCCUGAAAUACUUGGUUUGGAAGCAUAAACAUAAUUGAUUAAAUGAUGCCAACUAGAAGUGAUUUUUUCUAUCAACCCCCAAGUUUCCUGAUUUAUGUAAUUUUUUGAACACUCAACUGUAACCUGUAGUUUUGUAUUAUUAAUGUUUGCAUUGUUCACAGAGCUUUCUGUCAGAGAUAGGCUCUCGUUACGUGAUUGCUGAGGAACACAAAUUGCUUUUACCUUUUAUCCUUUAUCUUACGGUGUACAUUCUUGACUUUGUGAUCAUUGUCACUUCUUAGGAGAUAAUAUCCGCAUAUACUUAAGCUUCAUAUUUUGCUUAUAUAGCUUCCUAUAUUUUUUACAAUGUAUAAAAACGGAGUGUGUGCAUGAGAUCUCUAACAUGUAGUCUAAAUGGUAAGGAAGAAUGGAGGAGGUACUAGCAGUUCAGGGUAAAUUUUUCUAAUUCUUUUUGUUCACCCGAGACUCAAGUUUAUUCCCUGUUCUAGAGCGGAUCACUUGGAAAAUGAUUAGGAGGGGAAGAAAUUGUUUUACGAACAAAACUUAUAUUCCAUGUUAAAGUUAAGACUGGCAGAACACUUGAGUUAAAAAGAACUGCAGAAUGGACUAUUGUUAUGUUAAUUUUUAGAGGGGGAGAAAAAUCAUGGAUCACAGUUAUGAAAGAAAAAAUGCUUUUUAAAAGAUUUAUUCUUGGCUUUGAAAUGUGUUUAUAAUUAGAUUUGAAAACAUGAUAUUUUAUAUAAAUUUAAGACAUAGUAAAAGGCCUGAUUUCAGAGUUUCUCCAUCCUAUUAGCUCCUGGGUAGAACUGUAUUCUCUUUUCUCCAUUAAGCAUAAGAAAGUCACAGAUGAGAAUAUCCUCUUAUAUUGAACUAUUACUGUCUGCCUUGGUGGUUAGAGAAAACCAGGUCUGAAGGAGGUACUUGCCGAGUCCUGUGACAGGGCUAAAAAUAAAGCAGGUAGAAACACUG